CCCGUGGGGUCCUGCUGGUGGAAAUGUCAUUCAGUGCAGCAGUUACUCAACUCAUGUCAUGGAGAGUGAGCAUCAGUUGAGCUGAGAGUGUGUGUUUUGAUCGCUGAAGUGUGGCUCUCAUGGCAGCGCUGCUCUCCGCUGCUGCUGCUGCUGCUUCUGCGCGCUGCGGGUCCAGAGCGUUACUGCGCCUCAGCGCUCGAGCUGCGGGGAGAACCAGCGCCGCUCAUCCGCGGUUUUUAGCUCUGAACCGUAUUAGACCAGUCACAUCCAUAGGGAAUCACUACACAUUUCCAAUCUUGCGUUACUCCACUGACGCUCCUAAAGAUGGUAAAGCGAGCGGACCAGAGCCGCGGCCAGGAGGAGGAGGAGGAAGGAAAGGAGGGAGGAAAGACUGGAAGAGUCGACUGCUACAGGGAGAUGUGCCAUGGGACGACAAGGACUUCCGCUAUAUCUUGAUGACGAUGGGAGGCGUUGCGUCCGUCCUGCUGUACCUCUACCUCAGAGAUCCGGGCAGAGAGAUCACCUGGAAGGAUUUUGUCCAUCGGUAUCUGGACAGAGGACUGGUUGAGCGUUUAGAGGUCGUGAACAAGCAGUUCGUCAGGGUCAUCCUGGUCCCCGGGGCCGACUCCUCUGAAGCAAGCUACGUGUGGUUUAACAUUGGCAGCGUGGACACGUUUGAGAGGAAUCUGGAAGCCGCUCACUAUGAGUUGGGCCUGGAGCCGUCGCACAGAGCAGCGGUCAUCUACACCUCUGAGAGUGAUGGGUCUUUUCUGAUGAGUUUCAUUCCCACCUUGCUUUUAAUUGGCUUCUUGCUUUUCACUCUGCGACGUGGGCCAAUGGGAGGAGGGAUGGGCGGAGGAAGGGGCGGGCCCUUCAGCAUGAGCGAAUCCACCGCCAAGAUGAUGAAGGACAGUAUAGACAUCAAAUUUAAGGAUGUGGCUGGAUGUGAAGAAGCCAAGGUGGAGAUCAUGGAGUUUGUCAAUUUCCUAAAGAACCCAAAACAAUAUCUGGAUUUGGGUGCUAAGAUCCCUAAGGGUGCUGUGUUGACCGGUCCUCCAGGAACAGGUAAAACGCUGCUGGCUAAAGCUACUGCCGGAGAAGCAAACGUUCCCUUCAUUACAGUCAAUGGCUCAGAGUUUCUCGAGAUGUUCGUUGGCGUCGGUCCAGCCAGAGUGAGAGACAUGUUUGCGAUGGCGAGGAAGAACGCCCCAUGCAUCCUCUUCAUCGAUGAGAUUGAUGCGGUGGGGAGGAAGAGGGGAGGUGGGAAUUUCGGCGGGCAGAGUGAACAGGAGAACACACUCAAUCAGCUUUUGGUGGAAAUGGAUGGUUUCAAUACAAGUACAAAUGUUGUAGUUCUGGCUGGUACGAACAGACCUGAUGUGCUUGACCCUGCAUUGAUGCGGCCAGGGAGGUUUGACAGACAGAUUUUCUUGGGACCUCCUGAUAUUAAGGGUCGAGCAUCCAUAUUCAGAGUGCACCUGCGGCCCCUCAAGCUGAACCCCAAUCUGGAUCGUGAUGCAAUUGCAAGGAAGAUGGCAGCUGCCACACCUGGGUUCACGGGUGCUGAUAUUGCAAAUGUCUGUAAUGAAGCAGCUCUCAUUGCUGCUAGACAUCUGAAUGAAUUCAUCAAUGUUAAGCAUUUUGAGCAGGCCAUCGACAGAGUCAUCGGAGGGCUGGAGAAGAAGACUCAGGUAUUACAACCCACUGAGAAAAAGACAGUAGCCUAUCAUGAAGCAGGACAUGCUGUAGUGGGCUGGUUUCUCCAACAUGCUGACCCAUUGCUCAAGGUUUCCAUAAUUCCAAGAGGUAAAGGCCUGGGCUAUGCACAGUACCUUCCGAAAGAGCAGUAUUUAUAUACACGGGAGCAGCUAUUUGACAGGAUGUGUAUGAUGCUGGGUGGGCGUGUGGCCGAGCAGGUGUUUUUUGGCAAGAUCACAACUGGGGCUCAAGACGACCUUAAGAAGAUCACGCAGUCAGCGUAUGCUCAGAUUGUGCAGUUUGGCAUGAGUGAGAAAGUAGGGCAGGUGUCAUUUGACCUGCCCCGGCAAGGUGAGAUGGUUCUGGAGAAGCCUUACAGCGAGGCUACGGCAGAACUCAUUGAUAAGGAGGUCAGAGAUCUGGUCGACCGGGCCUUUAACAGAACACUGGAACUCGUCACUGAGAAACGAGAGCAGGUGGAUAUGGUUGGUAAGCGUUUGCUGGAAAAAGAAGUUCUAGACAAAGCUGAUAUGAUAGAGUUGCUGGGACCCAGGCCAUUUGAGGAGAAGUCCACAUAUGAGGAGUUUGUGGAGGGCACUGGCAGCUUUGAGGAAGAUACAAGUCUUCCGGAAGGGUUGAAGGACUGGAACCAAGAGAGAGAAGAAAUCCAGGAGGAGCCUCCAGCUUCACAGGAAAAACAGGCUGCUUAAAAUGAACUCAGCCCUCAAAAUACUUUCCACCUGCCUCUGAUACUUGCCUUACUAUAGAAAAUUGGUGGGAAAGGAGAGUCUUCUUGGCUUGAUAAAAGAUUUGUGAAUUUUGUUGGUAUUUUCACUUCCCUUGUUAAUUCAAAUCAAGGGGAUUUUAUUGAAUUUGAAAUUCCUUAAACUAUGCCGGGUAAACUUUAACACCCAACACCAUGAGCUCUUUAUGGCACAUCUGCAACUCAGAAUUGUAUUAGUUAUUUCUUUUAUCCUUUGAUUUCUGCCAUUAUAUCAUAAACUAUAUUCUAUCCUUUUAUGUACUCUUCCUCUUAAUAGAAGUGGAAGAAACUGUAUAUUUGUACAAUUUUCAUUUGUGUGUUCUAAGGAAAAAAAAAAUGUUUUGAAAAAGAAAUUAUUUAAUUAAAUUAAAGGAUUCCUUUCAUA